GAAGUAUUCCGAGAAGUCUCAUCACAGAUAAGAAGAGAGGAAGAGAGAGUGAGCCUCUUCUUUAGUUGUUUGUUGCAAUAAACACAAACACAACUUCCCCGUUUUCUACUCUCUUUUUUUUUUUUGGGUUAGCACUCCAAUCACAAUUCACAACCCAUGCAUCCAGAAAAUACAAUAAAAUAAUCUGAAGCAAGCAAACAAAAAAAAGUUUUCGACUCUCUUGUAAAUUAGGAUUUAGUUUUGCCGGAGAAAAUGAAGGAGAAGGCGGAGAGUGGAGGAGGGGGAGGAUACGUGAGAGCGGAUCAGAUAGAUUUAAAGAGUUUGGACGAGCAAUUGCAGAGACACUUAAGCAGAGCAUGGACGAUGGAGAAGAGGAAGAGCUUGAGUGAUGGUGAAGAUAACGCUGAUAAUAAAUAUAACCAAAACAACUUUGGACAUCGUCAGCUUGUGUUUCAGAGACCGCUUCUCGGUGGUGGAUAUAACAACAGCUAUAACAACGACAUAACUAGGUUAACCACAGAGGUGGGGAGGUCGAGGAGAGAGUGGGAGAUUGAUCCUUCCAAGCUUAUUGUCAAAAGUGUGAUUGCUCGAGGUACUUUUGGUACUGUGCACCGUGGUAUCUAUGAUGGUCUAGAUGUCGCCGUGAAGCUACUAGACUGGGGAGAAGAGGGACACAGGUCAGACGCUGAGAUAGCUUCGCUAAGAGCUGCUUUCACUCAAGAAGUUGCUGUUUGGCAUAAGCUUGACCAUCCCAAUGUCACCAAGUUUAUAGGAGCGGCGAUGGGGACAUCAGAGCUGAGCAUUCAGACGGAAAACGGUCACAUGGGAAUGCCGAGUAACGUUUGCUGCGUAGUCGUUGAGUAUUGCCCCGGCGGUGCUCUCAAGUCUUUCCUCAUCAAAAGUCGCCGCCGCAAACUCGCCUUCAAAGUCGUUAUCCAACUCUCCCUUGAUCUAGCUCGAGGGUUGAGUUACUUGCACUCGCAGAAGAUAGUGCAUAGAGACGUGAAAACGGAGAACAUGCUUUUAGACAAGUCUCGGACGUUAAAGAUUGCAGAUUUUGGGGUGGCGCGUCUGGAGGCAUCCAACCCUAAUGACAUGACCGGUGAGACCGGAACCUUGGGCUACAUGGCUCCCGAGGUGUUAAAUGGGAGUGCUUACAACAGAAAGUGCGAUGUGUAUAGCUUCGGGAUAUGUCUUUGGGAGAUUUACUGCUGCGACAUGCCUUAUCCUGAUCUCAGUUUCUCUGAAGUUACCUCUGCCGUCGUCCGCCAGAAUUUGAGACCGGAGAUACCGAGAUGUUGUCCGAGUGCGCUGGCGAACGUGAUGAAGAGAUGUUGGGAUGCGAAUCCGGAUAAGCGACCGGAGAUGGAGGAAGCGGUGGCUAUGUUGGAGGCUAUCGAUACUUCAAAGGGCGGAGGAAUGAUUCCUCCAGAUCAACAACAAGGAUGCUUCUGUUUCCGGCGAAAGCGAGGCCCAUGAUAUGAUCAUUUAAAACACGUCUCAUUACUAUUAACUGCUCUUUUAUUUUGGAAGUAGAGAG